UCGGUGCGGCUGCGCGGUGGUACCGCCGGCGCUGAUUGGCCCGAGGGCGCGAGAAGGAGGGAGGAAACUCCGUCGUCUUCUGCGCGCGCCUGUCCGCGGUAGGGCACCGAGGAGCUGGAAGGAAAGCUAUUCCGCGUUGGGUUGUUUUGGGCUCCUUGAGCCGAAAGGGGGAGGGGAGGAGGAAGGAGACCUAAACACCACAGCGGCGGGACUGCGCGGCCUCCGCCGCUGCGUGCGUGCGUGCGCUCGCGCGGGCUCAGUGCUGGCGCGGGAGGCGGAGGCGGGCGGCGGCGGCGCCUGCGCGGUCGGGCUCGGUCGACGGUUCGCAGGGGAGGAGGCGGCGGGAGGCGGAGGAGGCGGCGGCGGCGAUGGAGGUGAAGCGGCUGAAAGUGACCGAGCUGCGGUCAGAGCUGCAGCGGCGGGGUCUGGAUUCGCGCGGCCUCAAGAUGGAUCUGGCGCAGCGGCUGCAAGAGGCGCUGGACGCCGAGAUGCUCGAGGACGAGGCCGGCGGUGGCGGGGCCGGGCCCGGCGGGGCCUGCAAGGCGGAGCCUCGGCCUGUGGCCGCGUCGGGCGGCGGCCCGGGCGGGGACGAGGAGGAGGACGAAGAGGAGGAGGAGGAGGAGGAGGACGAGGAGGCGCUGCUUGAGGACGAGGACGAAGAGCCACCCCCUGCUCAGUCCUCGGGCCAGGCCGCGCUGCCGCCGCCGGAGCCCCCGGAGGCGGCAGCCAUGGAAGCCGCGGCCGAGCCCGAUGCUUCCGACAAGCCGACAGAGUCCACGGCCGGGUCAGGUGGGGUCAAUGGUGGUGAAGAGCCGAGCAUCGGCAAGGGGGAGGAAGACGAGCCGGAGGAACGGAGCGGCGACGAGACGCCGGGAUCCGAGGCACCGGGUGACAAGGCCGCCGAGGAACAGGGUGAGGAGCUGGCAGUGGAGCCCGGCUCCAACCUGCCGGGAGAUGACCAAGAUAGUGAAAAGUCAAAACCAGCAGGCUCAGAUGGUGAGCGGCGGGGGGUAAAGAGACAGCGGGAUGAAAAGGAUGAACAUGGCCGAGCUUACUAUGAAUUCCGAGAGGAGGCUUACCACAGCCGUUCAAAAUCUCCACCACCUCCAGAAGAAGAGACAAAAGAUGAGGAAGAAGAUCAAACACUUGUGAACCUGGACACAUAUACCUCGGAUCUCCAUUUUCAAGUGAGCAAAGAUCGCUAUGGAGGGCAGCCACUUUUCUCAGAGAAGUUCCCCACUCUUUGGUCUGGGGCAAGGAGUACUUACGGAGUAACAAAGGGAAAAGUCUGCUUUGAGGCCAAGGUAACCCAGAAUCUCCCAAUGAAAGAAGGCUGCAUAGAGGUUUCUCUUCUUCGAGUUGGGUGGUCUAUUGAUUUUUCCUGUCCACAGCUUGGUGAAGAUGAAUUCUCUUAUGGUUUUGAUGGACGAGGACUCAAGGCAGAGAAUGGACAGUUUGAGGAAUUUGGUCAGAUAUUUGGGGAGAACGAUGUCAUUGGCUGCUUUGCUAAUUUUGAGACUGAAGAAGUAGAACUUUCCUUCUCCAAGAAUGGAGAAGACCUAGGUGUGGCAUUCCGGAUCAACAAGGAAUCCCUGGCAGAUCGGGCCCUUCUACCCCAUGUCCUCUGCAAGAAUUGUGUUAUAGAAUUAAAUUUUGGUCAGAAAGAAGAACCCUUCUUCCCACCACCAGAAGAGUUUGUGUUCAUCCAUGCUGUGCCUGUUGAGGAGCGUGUGCGCACUGCAGUCCCUCCCAAGACCAUGGAGGAGUGUGAGGUCAUUCUGAUGGUGGGACUACCUGGAUCUGGAAAGACCCAGUGGGCAUUGAAAUAUGCAAAAGAAAACCCUGAGAAAAGAUAUAAUGUCCUGGGAGCUGAGACUGUGCUCAACCAAAUGAGGAUGAAGGGGCUCGAGGAACCAGAGAUGGACUCCAAAAGCCGAGACCUUUUAGUUCAGCAAGCCUCCCAGUGCCUUAGUAAGCUGGUCCAGAUUGCUUCUCGGACAAAGCGGAACUUCAUUCUUGAUCAGUGUAAUGUGUACAACUCUGGCCAAAGGCGGAAGCUAUUGCUGUUCAAGACCUUCUCCCGAAAAGUGGUAGUGGUUGUCCCUAAUGAGGAAGACUGGAAGAAGAGGCUGGAGUUGAGGAAAGAAGUGGAAGGAGAUGACGUGCCUGAGUCUAUAAUGCUGGAGAUGAAAGCCAAUUUCUCUCUGCCUGAAAAAUGCGACUAUAUGGAUGAGGUGACAUACGGGGAGCUGGAAAAGGAGGAAGCUCAGCCCCUUGUCACUAAGUACAAGGAGGAAGCAAGGAAGCUGCUGCCUCCCUCUGAGAAGAGGACAAACCGCCGAAACAACCGAAACAAACGUAACCGACAGAACCGAAGCCGAGGCCAAGGCUAUGUGGGCGGGCAGCGCCGAGGCUACGACAACCGGGCCUACGGGCAGCAGUACUGGGGGCAGUCUGGAAACAGAGGGGGCUACCGUAAUUUCUAUGACCGAUACAGGGGAGACUACGAUCGAUUCUAUGGGCGAGAUUAUGAGUACAACAGAUACAGAGACUAUUACAGACAAUACAAUCGGGAUUGGCAGAAUUACUACUACCACCACCCCCAGGAAAGAGACCGAUACUACAGGAACUACUACGGUUACCAAGGGUAUCGGUGAAGCCCCUGCCAUUGUCGCCUGUCAGCCAUGAAGCUGAAUCUCUGGGGGUGCCAAGCACCCCCCCAAAACACAACCAAGGAAAACAGGGGCUGUUGGGGUGGGGCUGAGCUGCUGGGGACGGGUGGUGGGGGGGAGGGUGCGCAACGGGUGGGGGAGGGGGAGGGUGGAAACAAAACAACAAAACUGUACAUUUUUUUUAAAGUUUGUUGAAAAGAAUAUUGUCUUAUUCUAUAAAACAUUUCAAACCUAGUUAGAUAUUUGUAAUCAAAAAACAUUUGCGCAGAAAGCAGCACUUAGGGCUACCUGUUAGGUACCCUACAGUUGGGACAGGAAAAGAACUGAAAAGUGUCACCCUUCUGACAUUCUAAGGCAGCUGGCCUUGCAGCCAAGUAAGGGCGAGUGGUGUAGGGAAGAGGGUACCUUCCUUAGCAGGUAGGAGCAGGCAGGAGUGGGGACAGAGGGAGCGCUUGUGAUGGGGCAGUGAAAAUAAACGAUUGGCUCUUACCAAUCACUUGCACCAAC